CUCAGCUAACACGGAGGGAUGAUGGGUUUUGGAUUUAACUGCAUUGGCAUUGGUUUCAUCAAAGGAAGGAACUACCACAUGUCCCUGCUUCCAUCUUCUGCGUAUAUAUAAAUAUACGAGCAAUUAGACACAAAUUGAUGAGUUUCUGCUGAAACGUGCAUGUUGAGGCUUCUAAUUGCUUCAAAGCGAUCGAGUAGGAGAUAACUUUAUAUCCGAUCGAUCGAGAAGCACAGCCAAACAGAUCACAGUUGCAGAAAGAAGGAGACUGUAAUCUGAAUUGAGAACGAUCCAUCGGCUGGUUUUGGCCAUGGAAGUCACUGCCGAGUUGAAGCUUGUGAAGAAGAGGAUAGCCAUAAGAAACAUGGAAGCAGCCGGUGGUGGUGGUGGUGGCGGCAGCGGCGGCGAAGGCGAAAUGAGAAGAAUUCACAUCAUUUACUUCCUCAGUCGAAAGGGUCGGGUCGAACAUCCCCAUCUCAUCCGGGUUCACCAUCUCUCUCGAAAUGGGAUUCAUCUUCGGGAUGUUAAGCGAUGGCUCUCGGAACUGCGGGGAAAGGACCUGCCCGAUUCAUUCGCUUGGUCUUACAAGAGGAGGUACAGGACAGGCUACGUAUGGCAAGAUCUUCUGGAUGAGGAUCUCAUCACUCCAAUCUCUGACAAUGAAUAUGUCCUCAAAGGCUCCGAAAUUUCCUCAUUCAAUCUUGAUCUUUAUAAUUCACAAGGUGAGAAGAAAGUUUCCAUGGAGAAUAAAGGUCCAACCCUCCAAACAAAUGCCAAAGAAGAAAUCCAAGAAAGCCCAGCAAAAACGGCGACAGACGCCUCUUCGGCAAAACCAUCGCCGCCUUUAGGCUCCGAGGCCUCCACCAUGACCGAGGAUUCGACCAAGCUUGAAGAUGAAAAGCUUUCAGACAUAAACAAGCAGGAAACGCCGCCAAAAACAGACAAAACGCUUCCGAAAGCCAGUAAAUAUGAGAAGUCUUUUCUGCUGGGCAAAAGGAACGCCAAGAAGAAGAACAGGAACAACAUUAAUGUCGAGAGUAAUCCUAGUACGCCGGCGACUUCGUCAACGUCUUCAUCUUCAGCUUCGUUUACUAAAAGCAAGAGCUACUCAAGCGGGGCCUCUAACAUGUUACUGAACCUCAUCAAGUGUGGUGGUGUGGACACCACUGAAUCGACCGUGAUGGUGAUCAACAGGCCGGAGAAGAGAUCUUCGUACAUGCCUCUGAAGAAGCCACCAGAGGUUGAUACUUCUGUUACUAACACCGCAGAGAUUUGCAAAGGAGAUGGGCUUGGAGGGUCUGAGAGGAUCUAUGGCACGUACUGGAAUAAACAAUUACACUUUAAUUCAAGGAGGAGUUUUGAUGGGUGGAAGAGUUCAAACAAUGAAAAGAGUGAAGCCAAUGGCCAAAAGCCAGUCUCUGCUGUUUACAAGCCAGUCAACCGGCCCAGUUGCUCGCAGUGUGGGAAAAUGUUCAAGCCAGAGAAAUUGCAUGCACACAUGAAGUCAUGUAGAGGGCUGAAAUCCCUAUCAAAGAGUGCUUCUGCUUAUGCUGCUGCUGCUUCUGAGCCAACCAAAUCAGAGAAUUCUUCUAACUCCCAACAAUCCCACUCUCCCCAUUAUUUGACUUACUCUAGUUAAUUAAUCUCUUUUCUUUUCUCUUUUUUUUUAAUAGAGAAUUUUAAUUAUUUGCAAUUCUAAUGAAUAGAAUUGGCCUUGAAUGCCCUUCACUU